AGCCAUUCCACGGGCCGAGUGUGCGGUACUCGGUGGAUCCUCAGGCAAUCCACCUGAACUAUAUUUUUUAACGAAAUAUUAUCCCGAACCCCUCGUCAACGAUCCGUAGCACCACUGGAGGAUCACUCCAAUGUCCAAUAAAAUUCCACCAAAAAUCGAGUGACAAAAAAUUCACAGAAAUUAACAAAAAAAGUAACAAAAAUUGAAUUUAAAAAAAAAAACCUGAAAUCGUGCACCUGUUAACCGAUACAUGAAUUUGAUAUCUGUAAUCAGCCGCCGAAAACGUAACUCCUGGAGGAUCGAUCGGUCCUAGCCGGCAGGGGACGUACCUCGAGUGGGUGAAAAUCGAGGAGUGGCGCUAAACAAUUAGUCCAUUGGUGAGAGUACCCCGGAGCAAUAAUAAAUCCAAAUAUCAAAUUUUAUCACCACCGCAAACCGAACAAUCAGCCUAUUCUAAAUUAGAGAUAACGAGUACAGAUCAGUGUUGAGUGAAAUAAAAUAAAAUAUGGCGUGGGGUUACUGGAGCGCGACAUCAGUAAGUGAUCGUGGCCGUUCGCCCCGUCGGGAGAAGGAUAAAUCAUCCCAGUCGCAGUAUCAAACACCAAGUGAAGUAAUGGGUGUUCAGAGCUGUUCAGGGGUGCAGAGUUCAGAGCUGAGUGGUUUAACAUCGGAGGAUACCAGUCAAUUAUUGAGCAGCCAGGGUGGUGGCUUUUAUACAUAUUCAGUAGCAGCAGCAGCAGCAGCCGCCGUCGCAGCCGGUAAACGUACCCCAGGUAUGAUCGAGGGUGCAACAUCAACAGGAACAUCAUCAAGUCUACCCAAUGAAUUUACAUUAUCCUCGGGUCUAAUGGGUAGACCAGGCACGAGUAAUUAUCCACCAUCACCAGGUAGUGAUUCAGCCGAGUACGAGCAGCCCCACAUCACCCUGGGCCUCCAUUAUCCCCAGAAACACGAGUCCCAUUGCCAAGAAUUCAUCCACACCGAUGUACUGUGUCACACAAUAUCAACGGGUGCAGCAGCAACGUCAUCCCUUGAUCGUCGACUCAAGGGGCACAGAUCCCUGCGCUUCGAUCGUCCAGAUCACCAAGAUGACGAUGUUUUUCCCAAUGUUCCACCAGCCCCGGGGAUGCCAUGCCAGGGGGAAGACAGAAGUAUUUAUAGACGUGGGGCUAGAAGAUGGCGAAAAUUGUACAGAGUGAAUGGUCAUAUAUUCCAGGCGAAGCGUUUCAACCGCCGAGCAUUUUGCGCGUUCUGCCAAGACCGUAUUUGGGGACUGGGACGACAGGGCUUCAAGUGUAUUCAGUGUAAACUUCUGGUACACAAGAAGUGUCACAAAGUCGUACGGAAGCCGUGCUUGAGCCUUCAACAGCAGCAACAACCACCACACACACCAGACCACUCGUCAUCUGACCGCAAUGGCGAUCAAGCACAGUCGGAUUCACCGCAGUGCAGUCCAACAGCCCACUUGGAGGAUGAAUCCACUGAAUUUCCACCACUCGAGGAACAAGCUCGCAGACGUUCCGGCAGUGAUGAUGGCGAGGAGCUUGCCCUGGACGCCAUAGCAGGUGCUGAUGGUGGUAAUGACAUGCAGAGACAGUAUUCCCUCAAUGACUUUGAGCUGAUUCGUGUGAUUGGUCGUGGCUCGUAUGCUAAAGUACUUAUGGUCGAGUUGAAACGCACGAGGAGAAUUUACGCAAUGAAAGUAAUAAAGAAAGCACUGGUAACCGAUGAUGAGGACAUCGACUGGGUGCAGACGGAGAAACAUGUGUUUGAGACUGCCUCCAAUCAUCCAUUCCUCGUGGGACUUCACUCUUGCUUCCAGACCCCAUCGCGUUUGUUCUUUGUCAUUGAGUUUGUGCGUGGAGGUGAUUUGAUGUUCCACAUGCAGAGACAACGUCGUCUUCCCGAGGAGCAUGCACGAUUUUACGCUGCGGAAAUAAGUCUCGCCUUAAACUUUUUACAUAACAAGGGAAUUAUCUAUCGUGAUUUGAAGCUUGAUAACGUUCUCCUGGAUCACGAGGGGCACGUGAAGUUGACAGAUUACGGUAUGUGCAAGGAGGGGGUUCGUGAGGGUGACACUACAGCGACAUUCUGUGGAACUCCCAAUUACAUCGCACCUGAGAUCCUCCGAGGGGAGGACUACAGCUUCUCCGUGGACUGGUGGGCACUCGGUGUCCUCUUGUACGAGAUGCUGGCAGGUCGGAGUCCCUUCGACAUUGCUGGAGCCUCUGAAAAUCCAGAUCAGAACACUGAAGACUACCUGUUCCAAGUAAUUCUCCAAAAGACUAUCAGAAUCCCCAGGUCCCUAUCUGUCAAAGCAGCUUCCGUUCUCAAGGGCUUCCUCAAUAAAGAUCCAGCAAAUCGACUGGGCUGUGCAGAGGGACAAAAAUCAUUCGUUGAAAUCGCCUCCCAUGCCUUCUUCAAGGCCAUCGACUGGACAAUGUUGGAGCAGAAGCAAGUGACACCUCCUUAUGAGCCAAAAUUACAGUCCGAGAGGGAUCUUGAGAAUUUUCCACCUGAAUUCACUAACGAACCGGUUCAUCUCACCCCAGAUGACACUAGGGUAAUCGAAAAAAUUGAUCAGAGUGAAUUCGAGGGCUUUGAGUACGUGAAUCCUCUACUCAUGUCUCUCGAGGAUUGUGUGUGACAAGAGAACUAUUGGGAUUACGAUUAUCAUCAUAAUUAUUUACACCGAACAAAAUUACCCUAUGAUAUUUGCGAGCUAGAGGACAGGCUUGCAACAUUGAACUUUCAUUCCCAUCAUGAGUAUUUUGGCACAAAUCAUCCACCGAGUUACUUUUCAGGUGAUUACUAUCAUGGUAUGUUUAACUGUCAUGAUGACAAUAAUUAUAAUCCUUAUGGGAUGGGUUUCAUUGAUUACGAGAAACCGGAUUUUUCUUAUGCCCUGAGAAUCGAGGAUGUUGGUAUUGUGUGCAAUGCUGGUGGUAAUGGAGAGGUUGGGGAUGAGAGUGAGGAUGAUUACGAUAGGGUCAAGGAUUUGGAGGAGGAUAACUCGAGGAAAAAACUCCUGAAGCAAAUGUUCUGUCUACCUCUGCAUUAGGGAUUGGCACACGUUAUUUCCUUCUCCUUUUUUUUUCCUUGAGGACAUUCAUAUCCUUCUCUUUCAUUUCGCUGACCCACGAGUGGCUAUGAAAAACGAAAGUGAGAAUUAAUGAAAUUCAAUCAUUCCUUGUUCACGUAUUUUUUAAAUUCAAACGUUGAAGAAUUAUUCACAUUCCUUCCAGUUGGUGCUGCAUUCAACUGUAUAAAUAUUUAUAAAUUAUCGAGUAUUAUAGCAGAGAUCAUAACAAACAUAAAAAAUCUAUGAAAAUGUUUGAGUAAUAGUCUUCUGGGGAAAUUAAUUAGGUACCUGGAAAAAUCUCUCGAGAUUUUUUUUAAUGAGAAAGGAAAAUGGAAAAAGUCAACAUCUAUUUAAUAUUCCAAAUGUUUGAUCGAUCAUUGUUCUUAACCGUUGAAUUGACUAAAUGAUACGCAGAAAGAAAAUGCAAAAUGUGAUUUAUAAGUCUAAGACGAUGAAAAAA